CCCGAAGGGGGCGGGGCCAGCCUGAGAACCAGCCCCGAAGAGGUCACAUGAUAAGCGCGGGGGAGGUCAGCUGACCGGAAGUGGCGCGUGCGGAGGAACGCGGCGGGUCGCUGCCAUGGAGCGAUACGAUAAAGCGGCGCCCCCGGAGCUCGGGCAAAAUGAGGGUUCCUUAACAUCAACUCUAAGAACGCUUCUGUUCUUCACCGCUCUGAUGAUCUUAUUACCUAUUGGGCUGUACUUCUCUUCAAAGGCUUAUGUAUUUGAAGGUACCUUGGGAAUGUCCAACAGAGACAGCUAUUUUUAUGCUGCCAUCGUCGCUGUAGUUACUGUUCAUGUGGUACUUGCUCUCUUUGUCUAUGUAGCUUGGAAUGAAGGGUCUCGACAGUGGCGUGAAGGCAAGCAGGAUUAAAGCAAGCAUCGCCAUCUGAUAUCCACAGACUGAAGACUGGAUAUUUGUGGAUGGAGUGAAAAACAUUCUUGUGCUGUAUACACGUACAAAGUAGAAGUUAAUGCCUCUGGGCUCUGAAUGCCUGUGUAUGAAUAGUCCAAGAGUCGUGCUCAUCUCAGCUGAAUACUAGUAAUUUGUCGAAGGGUGACAAUUUAUAAUUUAAAUCAACCUCAACUUGGCAAUGUUGGAGGGGCCUUCACCUGAAAUUGGAGUGGAGUGACUAGAAGGAAUGUGGAUUUUGUAUGUGUACAAUAAGUAUGGGGUUUUUUACAGUUAGUUCUGACCUGCUAUAAACAAGAUGUAAAGAAAUUGAGACACAAAUACGGGUCAGUUAUGAAGCAAAAUUAUAUAUUACUGGCGUUAAGUUACCAGUUAAAAAGGCUGAGUAACGUCCUAGUAGGACUAAAACAGAAUAGAUUUGAUUCCCACUUGCUCUUGGUGGAUGCUCAGUUUUAAAAACAUGGAAUCAAAUUGAGCCUCCCUUUGUGCUACUCCAGCCAUAGUAGCAUGAGUGUACAGUUUACAUUUUUAGUGGAAGAAUAAGGAGAGAAUGUUUCUUACAUAAUACUAAAAGGCAGCUCUUGAGAGCUAAAGAUCUUGCAUAUUGGAGAGGGGCUUGUUAAUGUUUUAUCGGAACCGAGCUAUCAGAACAACAGAAUAGAGGAUGCUCUCUUAAAAUUUCACUAUCAAACACAUCUCAAGCUCACUGAAAAUCAGUAGCUUGCAUCAAAACAUUGUUUUCUGACUCUUACCAUCCUUUCUAGGAAAAGUUAUUUCAUAAACUACAAGGAACCAUGUAAUGGGGUGUCUUACUGCUUCAAUAAACUAUGGCAAAUGCAUUUGAGGGAUUAUACUGCAGCUGGGGUGGUGUACUUAAGGUUUAAGACCAAAUGGAUAUGAGUAACCUCCCAAGAAAUGCAAUAAAUCUCCAAAAUGGCAUGUCUGGGAAUAAUGUCAUAGCAGUGUAGCAAGGUAGACAGAAAAUUCAGUUGGUGUUUUCUAUUUCAUAGUAAACCAUUUUUAGAUUAUCAUUUUAAUUUUGGCUUGUUGCAUGUUUUACUGACUUUUCUCCCAACUGAUACUUUCAAUAUUUCUAGAAGAUUUCUGUAGUCCUGACCUGCUCAUACUUCCGUUCUUACCACCUGGAAGCUUUGAUGUAAAGGAGAACUGCCUAUUAUUUUUCUUUCUGGUGAUCAUACUAAGUUGCAGUUGCUCUUAAACAAUUCUCGCUUUCAUCCAUCUGCCACCACUAAUUGAGUGUGUUGGAUAUUUCUUAUGGUGCGAUCAUGGACAAAAUACAUUGAAGAGUGUGUUUGGGAGAUGUGCUGGAGGAACAAGUGAGGUUUAAGGGGAGAAAGCCAGCCAAAGCGAUACUCUUAAUUUUUGUCCACUAUUAAACAAAACAUAAUGGUGA